AUGUCUACGUUUUCGUACGCACAAGCCGCCAAGGGCGUCUCCGGCACACCGACCCCGUCCAAGACCCCCUCAGAAUCCGAGAAGAUCGACUCCAAACCGGAGGAGCAGACCGCCGUUGAGACUACAACGGAUGAUGCACCAGCCCCCACCGAGUCUGAGCCCGUCCAAAAACCAGAGGUAGCAGCAGAGGAGAGCAAGGAUGAUGAUGAUUUCACCACUGUCACCAACAAGCAUGCCGCCAAGACAAAGGCUAUUCACUCUCGAACAUCAAGCCCGAGCGUUCGCACAGGCUCAAAGUCGCGCAAGUCAAAGGAUGACGACUCAAAUACCUCCAACGGCAACGCAGAGGGUACCGCUGAGAAGCAGGCUCCCAGUGAGGGAACCGAGAAGGCCGAAGGUGCCGCAGAGAAGUCUACUGAAAAGUCCGAGGAUUCCGAGAAAACCGUAUCACCACCCAAGGAGCUGAAGGCUGCUCCUCUGCCCUCGGUCAACAUCUGGCAACAGAGACGAGAGGCCCAGGACGCCAAGGUCAAGGCUGCCCCCAAGUCCGCUUCCACUAGCAAGGCCGCCUCCAAGGCCGCCUCGACUGUUGAUGAGACCCAGCAAGACUCCAAGGCUGGCUCCAAGAAGAAGGGUGCCGAUGGCGCACAGGAAGGUGCCAAGGACCGCAAGAAGACCGAGGGUGGAAAGGGACGCGAUGCCGGAUCGGUUCCCCCAGUAGAAGACGCUACUGCUUGGCCUACUCCCCAAGUUGCGAUUGGCGAAGAGAAGAAGAAGGUUCAGGAGAAGACUGAUAAGAGCCCCGUCAUCAGACCCCAUGGAAAGGAAAAGUGGACUCCCGUUCCUUACGUCCCCACUGCUGUUUUCAACACCCCGCUCCCAUCUGCCGGUGGUCGUGGAGGUAGACGCGCCACUCGUGGUGGCCGAGACAGUGGCCGUGGAGCUCACGGCAAUGGUGCCUCUACCACUGACAAGGCUGCCUCUGGACAGGCCGCCCAAGGCGCAAAGCCUGCCUCUGGAGAUCGCGGACGCCACGAGUCUGGCACUGGACGUGCCGCCUCUCUCCCCGCACAGUCGAGACGGUCCCCCAGCGCCGAUGCCAGUGCUGCAGCCGAUGCACGCAAGGCUUCCCAGGCACCCGAGCGUGGCCGUGGAGCCCGCAACGGAGAGGAGAAUAAGCAGGUGAAUGGCGGAGAGAACGUCCCCCGCUCUCAGCGUGAGGGUAAGGCCUUUGGAAGAAACCAGGAUGCCCGCGCAGGUGACCGCAACCAGAAGGGUGGGAACUUGGCUGUUGAUUCGCAGGCUGCUGCCCGCGGCAGUCGCUUCGAGGCUGGAUCGAAGUCUGCCGACCCUGCCGGUCUCACCGAGUUCAACCGCGAACGCGGAGAGUUCCGAUCUGAGCGUGGAGGUCGUGGAUCUAACCGCGGCCGUGGUGGUGUUUACAACAACUACGGUGGUCAGAACGCCCAGUUCAAUGCGUCCAUGUCCAACAACUCAUUCGGUGCGCCCAAGUUUGGCUUCAACGAUCGUCAGCGCUCGCAGCAGCAUGGUCUUCCCAAUGGAUCUCAACAAGGAAACCGUAUGCCCCUCCGAUCGCCCUCUUUGCCCACUCCCGCAAAUAUGUACGGUGUUGUUUAUCCUUUCCCAGGUGAUAUCAACGCGAUGUAUGGCUACCCAGCUGCCCCGAUGAGCGCCGUUCCUUACCAGCAACAAUACGUCGAGCCUUUCUCGCUCAUGAACAUGCUCUCCAUGCAAUUGGAGUACUACUUCUCCGUCGACAACAUGUGCAAGGACAUGUUCCUUCGUAAGCAGAUGGAUUCUCAAGGAUUCGUGCCUCUGAACGUCCUUGCCAGCUUCAAGCGUGUCAAGUCUCUCACUGAGGACUUUGAGCUCCUUCGUCACGUGUCCCGUCAGCUCCGCAACGUUGAGUGCCAAACUGGUGAGGAUGGCGUUGACCGCCUGCGCCCCAGAGACAAGUGGCAGCAAUGGGUCCUCCCCGUGGACCAGCGCGAACCUACCGCCCAGCAUGAUGGUGCCGCCCCUGCUAGCAAGACUGAUGAGAACACCCUGGUUCACAGCAACGAGACCGUUAUUAACGGAUCCGCUCCUCAGUUCGUCCCCAACGGUGUCGCCCAUGAUGCCAAGAUUUCACUUUCAUCUACCGCCCCGGAAUUCAUGCCCUCAUUGCCACCCACCGCAGUGAACGAGAUUGCCAAUGUAGGAAACCCCUGGAAUUCAUCUGCCUCCCCCGAUGCUUUUUCGACAAGAUCAUUUUUUUCGUCGUCUUCGUCUUUUCCCCUGGACCAUUCAUUUGUUGACACUUCUUCCUCAGCGUGUGGAUUAGAUUCGCAGUCCGAACCUCCUUUCCCCUCUGAUUUGGAACCGGCGGUGGCCCUAGUGAGCUUCGAUGCAGAUUACUCUCAACACCAAAUCGGCGGUGCUGAUUGGUGGAUCAACAGGUCUUUUGCCGAAGCGCAUCAACCGGCGCCCAAGUCAAAUGAGAAAAGCCGUUCUUCCACAGAAACGCCAAAUUAUAUCCCAAAAACUUUCAAUAUGUCUCACCAAGAAACUUUCGAUGGCCAAGACCGACCGGUGGCAAGAAGGUAUAGCUUGGAAAUGGCCCAGCCUUACCAAUCCUGGUCGUCCAGCUUGACAAAACAUUUCAACUCGCAUCUGUAUAAUGAAUUUAGGCGUUCUGCCCUUGAUGACCUUUUGACUCGACACAUUGACAACGGUUUCAUUGAGCUCAUGGAAUAUUAUCGGAAAUGCCUGCUUCACCGUCGCCCCAUUCCUGACCUCGUGAUGUACGACUUGGUUCAUCUCUCAUACGAUCAAACAUCGCACUAUCACACCCUCGUCUCCAGCACGAUCCAUGAAACCAUUGCCAGUGGAAAGAUGAAAUUACACAACCGGGGAAAGAUCAGCAAAUAUUUCAAUACCCAGCACGGCAAGAAGGCCAGAGAAAAGUUAUCAUGA